GUUGAAAAUUGCAAAUGGCGUCCGUUGUUAUUGUUCGUACCGAAUAACUAUUUGUAAAAUAUAUACUAAUCUUUUUAGCGAUUUUUCUAAUGGACUGUUAUACUGAUGCGAUGCUUUAACUUCUGAUGUUUCGACGCGACGGUUUUAACUACGUCUUUAUGUGUUUCGAGUGUUUUUUUCAAAUUCUAUGUGUGUCAUGCAAAUGGGGUAAGCUGGAAUUAUCGGAUGUCGCUUAGGUUGUUUUGGAUAGUUUCAAUAAGAAAAUGGAGUGAAGUUCUGUGACCUAAAGUGUAAAAAUGAAAUCUUUAUGAAGUUAAUUUAUUAGCGCAUUAAGUUUGGAAUGAAGGAAGAGACGGGAAGUGUAGUAAAUUACUAAUGUUCCAUGCCGUGACUGAACUCCCCGUACAUUUCAAAAUGGCUGCUGCUCUUCACGAUAUAUGAGCUUUGCGUCACUGAAACAUAAAUCAGUGGUUUUGAUUCGUGAGGAAAUUCGCGUGUUUUUAGUUGGGUGAUCCCAUGUGAAAAGUUGAUAUUAAAAGAAGGACAGUGCCCCGGGAAAUCCUGGGGCGGAACAAUUGUGGCAUAUCAUAUGUUUUGGUAGUAGUGGACACAGUGACCAUAGGACCGAUUUUGCUUUACGUCCAAGCCGGAUAGUAAUGUUGCACUUGAUUUUACAGGAUGAUUUGGGACACGAGACAAUAGAACUUGUGUGUUAUUGAGCGGAAUGUGACAUUGUAUGAUAGCAUGGCAGCGGAUAGCGAUGGGUUAGGCACGGCUGGCGGCGGAUCGUGCGGAGUGGUUGUUACCUGCGAGGGGGAUCUUCGAGACCCGCGCUUCCCUGCCCGCCUCCGCCGCCUGUUGCGAGAUCUGCGCGUCCUGCUAGCGGAGCCCCAUCCGCACACACUGAAAGUUAACAAGGUGGAGCCGUGGAACUCUGUCCGUGUGACGCUGUCGGUGCCCCGCGCAGCUGCGGCCCGUCUUAGGGCUUUGGCCGCAGCGGGGGCGCCGCAGCUUAGGGCUCUGGGCAUCCUCUCGGUCCAAUUGGACGGGGACGCGGCUGUGUCACUGAGGCUGCAGCACGGGACCGAACUGAGGAUCAAUACGGAUGCUGAUGCGAGCACAUCCCGUCAGUCUACGGAACUGCUAGCUGGUCUCGGAGGAAUCGGUCGUCUGAUAUCGGACGAGGGGGCUUCCACCAGCUCGGAACCGGUUCAGAACUUCAAAUCACCCAACACAGUCUGCCCCAUGGAUGGUAAAAUACCACAGAACAUUCCCACACCCACCACAGAUAGAUGCGAAUACCCCUUCGGCAGCAUGACCCAGGCCAGGGUUAUACAUAGGAAGGAGAACACUUUAGGUAUAGGUCCAACUUUAAGGCCGGCGUCAGCGGAGCCUCAGUUUCCCCGGCCGUCGACCUCGUUCACAGGUCCUCCGCCGCCGUACCCCGCCCCCAGUACCCCGGGACCCCCGCAGUCACCCACCCCAACAGUGGCUAUGUCCUCCCCACUGCUGGUCAAUCUAUUACAGAACGACGCACCAGCACCACAACCAAGAAGUAAAGCCAAUCCAGCCAAACUAGAUAGAUUGGAGGAUUCACAGGUGGAGUUGGCUGUUGGUCGCGCUCCAUUUGAGUAUCGCGGCGGAAGGCCGACCACCCCUCGUCCUACCACCCCUACACCACCGUCACCACGGCCGCCAAGACCGAUGGUGCGAAGGGCAUUUCCCCCACGGCCGACACCCCCUACUCAAUACAGACCUCCAAAUGCGACGGUCGUAGGUAGGACGAGGUUCCCAACGCCGUAUGACACGUUCCCAGCGCCUCCGCCCCCGCCCUACAGACAACAGGUGCCGAGGCCUAGACCUCCACCCCCGAGGGUUACGCCAGAGGAUCUUCAAGCUCUCCUGCCGCCUUCGACGACGUCGAUGGAUCAGAAAACGCAGUCUAGUUUCCAGGAGUUCCAACGCUACCAGCAGCAAUAUAAUGCUCGCCAGCGAGCGGCGUCCCGAGCCGCGUCGCAGCCUGACUGGAACGAGCCCUACCGGGACACGCUAGGGCUGUCCAUCCCCGACUUACCUGAUAACUGUGAUCUCGACCAGUUGCUGCCAACCCUGGACCUAAAUCUCGACGACACCGCCCUCUCCGCCAUAUCGGACCUCGACUCUAACACUAAGCUAGACCUCCUUUAUGAUCAACAAGAUUCUAUGCCCAACUCGGAAUCGACCCCCGAUUCCUUACUCCAGGAGAUCACAGGAGGUCAAUACCCCGCUCCUACCCUCAACGGACCCUACAGUGAUGCGACUCCCACCACGAGUCAGAUGAAUAGUGAUGUGCCUUCAAAAUCAUCGGAUUCGUUCGAUGGUAAUACUGAGACGGCGUUCAUGCCGCCUCCUCCGCCCGUGCCUCAACAGUCGACUUCGAAGUUUGUCAAUUCGCCGAACCAUACGGUGCCUCAUCCAUCUUUCAAGUCGCCGCCCAACGCUACGUACACAGCCAACGAGAGAAUGGAUAGAAACACAAACCAGUCGGCAUCGAUGCCUCCACCUAUGAGGCUGCCUAUAAGGGCUAUGACCUCUGUGUCUACAGCGACAGUCGGCUCACAAGCCACUGCCCAAGAAAUAGAGGAGCAAAGCAAACAGUACCUGAUAAAAACCCUCAUGAGGGACGAUGAAACACCACCACCUAAGGAUCCGGUCAAAAAGAGCGAAGAGGUGACGGUGGCUCAGGUCAAAGUUAAAGAAAAUUGGACGGAACCGACUACAGAACUGUUUGGUAUUGGGAAAGCAACAGAAGAUGAUAGUAAAAAGGAUGAUGAGCUUAAAUCGAAGAAUAAGAUAAUCAAGAAGGAAAAAGAUGAUAAGCUGGCUCCCAAGGGAGGCAAGCUGAGGACCGGUGGCGCGAAAGAAAAACCGGCGAUACUGAAAGAAAAGAUAGUUAGGGAUGGGAAAUGUAAUAAGGUGGCCUUUCCACGACCCGUAGUUGUGAAACACAACGCAGAUGGACCGAAGUCCCCGUCGGGAGAGAAGGAGUCUCUGAAACUGAGAUUAAAACUCGACAAAAAUGAGCCCAUCGUCCAACCCGUGUACAAAUCAGACGUCAGUUUCAAUAACCAGCAAGUCAAAGGCGAAAAAUCAAUGGAAGGCGAGCCUAGGGUACCGCCGUUACAUAUAAGCCUCAGGGGUCCAAAUUCAGCGGUGAUAAAGAACUCGAAAAAGGAAAAGAAAAAACUGUGUCCAGAGUUCCUCCAUUCGAAGAAAAUCAAAAUACGAAAAUCACUGGAAUCCGAUGAGAAAUCUCAUAGACGGGACUCCCAGGAAUCACUGGCGUCCAAGUCCGAUAGCACUGAAAACUCAAAGACUGAUGAGUAUUUACAUGUUAAAAACAUGAAACUGAAUAAUCAUUUUAGUGAAGGGGAUGCGAUGAAAGCCGAGGUCACAGGUGGCAACAAUGUAUAUAGAAUGAAAACGAUAUCCAAGAACGCUCACAUCGUGACCAAAUCCCACGACUACACCAUACUCACUAAAGUGCAGUCACUAGACAAUAUGAAACAAAAGAAGAAGUCGAAAAUGUUGAGCGAAGGAAAAUCUAUAGAGAAAGAGAGGGACAAAGAGUGGAAGAACGAUUUGUUGGACAAAGAGGGGAAAUACGCUCAGAACGAAGGUUACAGAGAGACACAGAACAAUCACGAAGUGAAAAAGAAGUUACCCACAACUAAAGUUGAGAAGGAUUUAGUGAAAUGUGAUAUAAAAUCCAGUGAUGUUAAAAUAGAUGAGUACGGUGACAUUAAAACUGGUGCUAGUGAGUUGGAAGGCAGGUUGUUAAAGUGUCAUAAGAGUGAACGGACGGUGAGUGUUGACGAGGAGGGGAAGUUCGAUCGGGACGAGAACAAGUUGAAACGGACACUCACCGAGAGUGCUAUAACAUCUCCUAACGGACUGAUCUCGGAGAAGAAAAGGAAGACAAGCCAUACAUCCUGCCCAGAUGCCCCUGGAUCGACAAACAUAGGCACGAUAGGAGGCAGUCGGGAAUCGUCACCGCCCGCCUCUAGUCAACGCCCCGGUGCGGUCUCCCCUCGCCGGAAAGAGAGGCCCAAGGACAAAACGUACUGCAAACUCGUAGCCGAGAGGUCCUCAAGGCCCGAGGCCGACAAGUUUAAUAAUCGGUCGCCAAACUCGCAGGCCCAAGGCGAGGACUCGGGCAUCGAGUCGAUGGACGCCUUGUCAGAGAAAUCCCCAAACCAGGCGAGUCAAUCCCCACCCGGGCCCCAGAGAAAAGAACGUCUGGAUAUGACCAGAUCGACCAGUCCUACGUCCGUGCAGAGGAUAAUAGGGGUCAUAGACCAACCGCCCGCGUCAGACGAUUUGCUGGAAAGGCUGUCACUGGCGACGGGCCCGACCCACUACGAUCCCGGACCUCCGGACAUCGACGACAUGGGAGACAUCGAGGCCGAGCUGGCGAAAAUGCACGCGGAUCAUAUAAACGGAGACGACGCUCCCAGGAGGCCGCCCGACGAUAACGCCUUAACCAAAGAAGUGAAAAGGGAACCCACACCGAUCCUCAGAGACGACGAGAAAACGAAACAGAGUAUCGACAGGAUUGAAGUCAAAGACGAAGCGAUGGUCGAGUCCAAGGCGACGGAUCCUGACGGCAAUGGAGGCUCCACCAAUGACCAAAAAGUCGAAGCGCGCCCAGAAGAAUCGACGGCCUCGCCCAAGAAAGAGAAGGGGCUUGAAGACUUCGACCACUUACCGAGUAGAGUCUCGCCGCCGCUGUACACGUAUUCCAAUCAAGAGAAAGUGUGUACAAAUGACUCCUCGGAAGCGAAAGAGGAGAAGUCUACUGAAGUAUCGGAGAACGGUGAGAGGAAAAGCGUGGAGUCGGAGGUGAAAGACAAGCAGGAGCUGCAAAUCGAGAGGUUUCCCCUUCAGGCUGAAUUUCCAGAUAAGAGCUUAUUAGAACAAUUACUAAUAGAAAUACCUACGCCUGAUUACGUCGGAAAGAGGCCGGAGUCACCGUCCCCGUUGUUGGAGAGGGUUGCGAGGAGUAGCGUACGGACGAGGUCUAGUAGUAAAAUGAACAGCCCCGCCGACGGACCUAAAACGCCACGGCUAAGUCCGGGGCUCAUUAAAUUAGAAAGGUCGGAUUCACCGGCGUUGCAGCCUAGGAACUGUCUCCGCAGUGGCUCAGUGGACAAAACCAGCCCGAGGACCGCGAACGCUGUGGGGGUACCCGCGAAACCCGCGCCGGCUGUAAAACGGAAGAGAAGGGAAUCAGAGAGUUCCUGCGCCUCCACCAUCAGCUGUGAGGAGGGCGUCUCACCGGGACGGCUGAAGAAAAAACCUCGAAGGGUCGACCAGAAACCCAUGAACCCUGCCGCCAUAGGAGGGAAAGGGAAGAAGGAGUCAGACAGCGAUAGUGACGAGCCGUUAAUAUGUAAAGUACGCGGGAAGGGUAUAAAAGCUGUGAAGCCAGGGGUCAAGGUGCCGAAGAGUGGUGUGGUGGGCGCCGAGGGUGUGGGCACCAGGCGGUCCGUGAGACAUGGACCCGCGCCCGCCCCGCCUACACCAGCGCCACCUAACAGUACACCUGUCAGGCGGAAAACUAGGAGUGCAGUGGUGGAGGGUCCAGCGACGACCGGCGGUGGUGCGGGGGUGGUACGUCGGAGACGAGCUUCGCGCGACGGCAAGUGACGGCGGCGACGCGCGGGCUGUGCCGCGCCCCCACUCACACUCCCAGCCUCACACCCUCUACCGCACCCUCUGCCGCUGCACCCUCUGCACCCACUGCACCCUCUGCCGUUGAUGUACCUCGAAUGACACCCUCGUCCGCACCACGUCGAACCAAAUGGAAGCCGUGCGUGUCCGAUCCGUCGGCGUGGUAUCGUUAUACUAGUGUUUGUGACAGUCGAGGGUCCACUGACGCCCCCGGGCCGGUGAAAGGACCAUAUCAGUUACAAUGAACGGUGUGAUGAUUUGUGGACAUUAUAUUUCAAUGAAUCUCACGUCUGUAGAAUGAAAAUUAUAAUUUUUUGUUUUUGAAUAUUGUGCAAUAAACAACGAGGAGUCCUCUGAGGAAUUUUAACCGAAGUGUGUGUUUUUUAUAUGUAAAUGAUAUAGCGUGUGAUCGAUGUUUGAAUCAAGUGUUCAUAAUGUUCCUGUGCAGUCGAGUUCGCCGCUCGCCGUUCGCCGACAUGUUCUACAUAUUAUUAAUUAUUGAACAAAUCAUGUUACCAUUCACUGUAAAUCACUCGACGUUUCGUUUAACCGUAAGCUUAUUUGUUCUAUAGUGUUUUAAGAGGUAAGAGCCUCAGACCGCCGGGUCGACGGCCGCGGUCUAGGUUAGCGUGUAGUUGUAUCGAUAAUGUACAAAAGAGCACUCGUCUAACAGGCACAUUGUUGAUAGAAUAGUUAUCCGAGAUAUGCAUAAAGUUUUAAAAAGAGAUAUUUUCAUACGUUUUUGCACGACACCACGCGGCAGCGUCAACAUGGUAGUAUUAAAACGUUGGUUUUGUAAGGAGGUGGCCGCAGUCUCGUAUCCGGCCGCUUCCCGUUCCGAUGCUGCUAUAGAGAUGUUAACUUUUUUAUAUGUAAGUGAUAUCACGACCAAUAAAUGUAAUUUUAUGUGACAUUGUAACUUGUAUAAUUUCUUAGUGAACUGAUAGUUAUCGCGACUGAACGUAUCGACACUCUGACUGGGCUUCCACUAUACUAACUAUUAUUUAACGCCCGCCCCCUCUACAGCCAUUCACUCUGGUAUCCAGUUGAACGAUAAUUUAAAUGAAAUUUUCUGCGAACCAGUGAUUCAUAUAAUUUUAUAUAAGCUUUUUCAUCGCCUUGUACAUAGUUGAAACAUGAUAGUAUGUAAUGACAGAGUGAGCUGGUGCCUCUUCAGUUUUGAUAUAAAAAAAGUAAUCUUGUAUUCAUAUACAAUUCGUCUCACCGUUCCUAAAUCUGAACGCGCUCCGAAGCAAUAAAAAGUGGAUGUGAGUAACAAUUGAUUAAAGACCCCUCUCGACUGCCUUAAAAUUUUGCCUCCAUUUGUAACGGUUCGUAUGAUAUAUGUUUUAUUGGAUGUUGUUGUUGUCAUAAUGUUUUUAUAUUGGACAACGAUAGUGCUACAAUACAAAAUACAUUUAGGAUUAUAGUAUUUAUAUAUUGUGGAUAUUUUAUAAUUAAAUAUAAUUUAAAUAUAUAUAUAUAUACGAUAAUAUUGCCUGAAAAAUUGUGCCCUAACACGUGUGCCGUUGUUGAGCUGUGUGUAUAAAUACUGAUACGUUAGUAGUAAGGGGCGAGGCGGAGCCCCAAGUGUGACGGCGCAGGCCUGGGUGCCGUUCACCCACGGGGGGUAUCUGUAAAUUUUGGUGUAUAGAUGGGAAAAAUAUAAUUAUGUUACGCGUUAAGUAAAUUUUGUUUUUUUUUUCUUUUCGUCUUAUUUUUUUCGCCGAUCGUCGCAUUGUACAUACGUCUUCGCGCCGAGCGACGGCCGCUUUAGGGUAAAACGCCUUGUACUGUAAAUUAAAGAAUAGGAAUAGCUCGUGUACCAUAUAAUUUUAGUGACCGGGGUCCUCAGAUGUAGCUGUGUAUAUUGGGUGUAUAGUUAUCAUUUAGUUUGUUUUCAUUUUGGACUAAUGAUAGUUAUUUAUGCUGAUAAAAUAUUUAUCUAUAUUAAAAAAAAAAAAGAGAAAUACAAAUAGUUUAAACACUAUAUAUAUAGGCUAGGGGUUACACA